UUCUUCACAGAAAGAGUCAUGGGGCACUGGCAGAGGCUGCCCAGGGAGGGGGUUGAGUCGCCUUCCCUGGAGGUGUUUAAGGAACGGGUGGAUGAAGUGCUGAGGGACAUGGUUUAGGGAGUGUUAGGAAUGGUUGGACUCGAUGAUCCAGUGGGUCCUUUCCAACCUGGUGAUUCUGUGAUUCUGUGAUAUUCAGUUAUUUUCCCCUCCUCGAUGCUGAGCAAUAUGCAUCCCCAAGGUUAUCCCCAGCCACGCUUUGCUUUCCCCCUGAAGCUGCUGGCCGCGCAUUAUCCAGCCCAUUGAAGCCCAUUUAUCCCUCCCCACACAGGAGGGGGAUACGAGUGACGUUGGCUCUGCUUAUCAAAGCUUUAUCCGCUGGGAAAAGUCCGAUGUGAGUUGAACCCAGCGGGCGCAAACAGGGAGAAGCAUCACCAGCGCAGCCCCGGGUGCAAAGGUUGGCCUAAGCCAGAGGCAAACUGUGCUGUGCAAGGAACCAGGAUCCCUGUGCUCAUCGUCCCUCCUGGUGCCCCUCUCGCAGGCUGGGCAGGAUGAGGCCCCGCGACGCUUGGUGCUGGGUGGUGAUGUUGCUGCUCGCCCUCUUCAGCGACGUCGCCGGUGGCCGCCGCGGCGCAGGUGGGAGAACGGGUGGGCGAGGAGGCGGCGGCAGCGGUGGGCUGCGCGGGGGCUUCCGGGCCAUCUCCCGCAGCGGGGGCACCCCUGGCCGCAGCUCAAAGGUGGCGGGGGCCAUCGCGGCUGGAGCUGCCGCGGGGUACGGCAUGGGGCUUUUGGGGCGCCCACGGCCAUCCCGCCUGGGCCAUGGCAUGCCGGCAGCCCGGCAGCCCCCGCCGGCGGGUGGCUUCCAUGCCCCGAGUUGGCCGGACAUGGGUGCCAAGCGGGGACCCCCCAGUCGAGCCCCCAGGGACCGGUGCGAUGGCAUCGGCCCUGCUUUGCUGCUGGCACCCUCUGUCUGCUUCAUCACCCACUGGCUGCAGCGCUGAGCGUGAGGAGGGGACCCUCCGGCAGCUGAGCCCGACGGGAUUUCUUAGUGAAUGACUUUCCUGGGAGAUUAGAUGUGGCUUGGAGAUGUGGAAGAGAUGCUCUGCCUCAGUUUCCCUGCACCAAGGCAACAGGACCAGCUGGAGCUGGGCAACCCCCCCUGUGCUUGUGGGGCCACCUGGGAGCUGGCUGGAACCUGCAAAGCCCAUCAUCACGUUGCAUGAGCAAAUCCAGCCCUGCAAAGAUGUGUGGAUAUUUGCACCCAGAUCGAUGCUGGAUCAGCCCCGUCGGCGCUCAGCUUUGGCUUCCCAUUACACAGCUUUACCA